CUAUUUCCGUUGAUUUGAAAUCCAUUUUCUUAACCGCGAAGAUUCCUCCUUGACUUUCCUUGAUCGAGGCAGUUUAGAACCUAGAAAAAUACUCUUAGCUCUAUAGGAAGCGAAGGCAUCAUUGAGCAAAUCAAGCACACCAUGGGAGGCGAUUCAGUUUCCUCUCAAGGUGAAGAUUCUUGUUCAGAUGUGGAAUUUUCAUGGUUUUCUUCCAAUUCUCCUAAUCUUCCAAGGGAUAAUUUGAGCGUGAAGGUUGAAGAUGAUAUAGUGAGUGGGGAAAAUGGGUUGGCACAAGUAGAAACCAGGGAAAGAAAGAGUGGGCCUUCUUUUUCUUCUUUUGAUUUUGAAGUCAAUAUCAACAGGAAACAUCGCAUCUACCAAGAAAUCUUGCAGAAUUAUGAUGAAUUGAGAAUUCAUUGCAAGAAUUUGAAAGAGGAAAGAGAAAAAAUUUUGAGCUAUAGCCCAGGAGCAUGGACAGAGAAUGUGGGUGGGUUGAAAUUAAGUGAUUAUGAUAUACCAAAGACAACAUGCCUCAUAUUGAUUGGUCCAAGAGGGUCAGGCAAAAGUAGUCUCAUAAAUAGAAUCUCUAGAGUAUUUGAAGAUGACAAAUGUGCACCAGCAAGAGCACAAGUAUCAUAUAAUUCAUCUACAGGAGAUGGGACGUACUUCCUCCAGGAGUAUAUGAUUCCAAGAGACUCAACUUCUAUCUGUUUGUAUGAUACACGUUGUUUAUCUGGUGAUCCAAAUGAUGAUGAUAGAAUUCUAUAUCAAUGGAUGACAGAAGGUGUUCGUCAUGGAGAGCUUGUUCUCAGGAGCACUGAUGAUCAGGGUUUGAAGGAACUUUUAAAGCAUAGGGCUCGCAAGACUGGUUGCUUUUUCAGUAAGAGGAUGAAAAUUAACUAUGUUAUAUAUGUUGUUAACGGCCUUUCAGUUUUGAAAUCACUGGAGACUACUGGUGCCUUGGAUAGAGGAUAUACUGAUAUGGUCGUUUCUUCCUUCAAUUGCUCAUACCUCUCAUUUCAAGAUGACAAACCGGUCCUUGUGGUCACGCAUGGGGAUCUUCUUUCGCUAUCUGAUCGUGCUCGCGUUCGUGCACGUUUGGUAGAGCUGUUGGGAAUUCCGCCAGCACAAAUUUUUGAUAUCCCAGAAUGUGAUGAUCGUGUGACUGAGUUUACGACAAUUAAAAUGUUGCGUUAUACUCUUGAGCACGCUGACAGAAAUUAUCCUCCAAAAAUGAGGGUCAUGGAUAAGGUUCAUAAAGCUUCUCUAUCACUAUAUAUGGUUUUGUUGAUCCUUGGACUAGGAAUCGCCAUUGCCCUAGUCUAUAACAAGUUCAUACAUCCUCAUCAUCUUCAUCCUCAUGGCUGGAAAAUUCAUGGCCCUACACAUAAGGUUCCUGGAAUGCAACCCCAAAUAGAAUGGCACAAAAUUCGGCACAUAUGGUAGACAUGCAUUGUGUCCAUUUGUACAGAGCUAAUCGUGUUCCUCUAUUGCAUGUGUAGGGUUCACAUGAUAGUACAUUUAUGUAUAAAGAAGUAACUAAAUAAGUUUUCCUGGUCAUUUAGGGAGUUAGGUAAGCUAUAUUAGUAAUGGCUUAUAAAUAAUGUGACUUAUUAAUUUUAUGUAGUAUAUCAAUAUAUGGAUAUUAGGAAA